GUCUAGACUGUACGAGCCCCAUUGGAAUCGAAAGCCGAAACACGAAAGGGACCUUCCAAGUUACAAGUAUAGGUUGAAACAUCGACGUUCAUCGGUUCAUGUCCCCACCCCGGCCCCCAACCAGUUUACUGUCCAGAUCUCUCAUUCAAUUCUUUCCACCAUUUUAAUCACUCAGGUCUUAGCUGACUUCUUCUCCUGCUUCUUCCUCUUCUUACGUCUGCAUUCUAUCUUUUAGGUGACAUUUAUUGCUUCAGCGGAGCAGUUGCAUUUCCUGCUUACGCAAAUCGAAAGGAAUCGAUACUAAAUUCUCCUCCUUUUUUUAUUGCCUCCCCCCUCCCCCCAAAGAAAUUAAGAUCUUCCUUUUCUUUCUCCUUCAUCGAUCACAGACAUGUCGAUUCUCGGAAACAACAACAGCACCAUGGGUACUCCUUUCUUCCACGAGUUUAAGAAACAUGCUUCUUUUUUCCUCAAAGAGAAGAUCAGGACGGCGCGAUUGGCCCUGACGGACGUUACACCCGCUCAACUCUUAACGGAAGAAGCCACCAAUGGUGAUCCAUGGGCACCGGAUACCCGAACUAUGGGUUUGAUAUCGCGGGCGGCUUUUGAAGUGGAUGAUUAUUGGAGGAUUGUGGACAUUCUUCAUACAAGGUUGUCGAGAUUUGAUAGAAAAAAUUGGAGAAUUGCUUACAAGGCUGUGAUUUUAUUGGAACACCUUCUGACCCAUGGACCCGAGAGCGUUGCGGAGGAGUUUCAGAGCGACAAAAACGUCAUUGGGGAGAUGGAAACCUUUCAGUACAUCGAUGAAAAAGGAUUCAACUGGGGCCUUGCUGUUAGAAGGAAAUCCGAGAGGGUACUGAAGUUACUUGAUAAAGGGCCUCUCCUCAAGGAAGAGAGGAACCAAGCUCGAAAGCUCACACGUGGUAUUGAAGGAUUUGGGAGCUUCUGCCAACGAUCUUCUUCAGCAGAUGGAAGCUUCAAAGGGUCAUAUCUCAGUAGGUCUAAUUCUAUCUACUGCAAUCCAGGCAACCAAGACGAUCAAUUCUCGUCCUCCAAGGAGGCAGAUUUAACCCAAAACGCCAAGAAAACACAAUCGACUUAUGAGGAUUGCAAUGUGGUCCUUGACAACCCAACAAAAGAUUCAAGCUCUUGCAAUGUCUCUAAUCAAGGUCGGAGGCUUGACAAAUAUGAUGAUGAAAUUAGUUCCAAGGAAAACAUUGCACCCACUAAGCAGAUGGAGGACUUGCUAGUAGAAGAACUUGAAGAUCAAGACAACACUAGAGAAUCAAAACCUCUUUUGGGUGGUCAAAUGGAUGAACUUAAGAUUGAAUAUUCUGUGGAAAAAGAUCAUCCAUUCAACCAUACUGAAAAUCAGAUUACUGCCUCACUGCUUUUCACCAGGGACGAAAUCUUGCAAGGAUGUUGAUUUUAUAAGUUUGUAUAGCCACUGCAGUAGAUGGCUAGUCUACAUAUUACUUCACUACAUUUGUUGAGUGACUGAUAGAGGUGUUUGUUAAGCAUUCGAGCUUUAAUGAAGUUACUAAAUGAUGUAGUUAGAGGCUCCUGGCUUGGUGCAUGUACGGUUAAAGCAGCGCUUGUUCAAACUCCAAAGGCAACUUUUUUCCCUAAA